GUUCAGGCCGAUCGAUGUCCUUGGGUGGUACUGGCGGACUCGUGUUCACGGCAUACAGGUGGAGACUCGAUAUUAUGGGCGCACAUCCUGUUGAUGAUGCUUUCUUUUGGCAUCAUAUUCCCAACUGGAAUGGUCCUUGGUAUUGUUCGAAACCGGUGGCACGUACCGCUGCAAGUCUUCGGAACAGUGAUUGCGGUGGUUGCUUACUUCCUGGGACACCUACACAAAGGACGAACCUUUGCGCCGAACAUCCACUCCACUUUCGCGAGUAUGCUGAUGCUUAUGCUGAUAGCGCAAAUUGGCUUCGGUGCCUAUCUCAAACUCCAUCUCGAAAAAGGCUUCAAUGGGAAGCUACGGAAAGUUGUAGUUUACGGACAUGGAAUUCUGGGAAAGCUUAUGCCUAUCGCAUCUUGGGUACAAAUGCUGUUUGGCGUAAUCACUUCGUUGGGUUUCUGUCAUGAGGACCAUUUGGGUCAGUGUCUUGCCCAUUUUAUAAUGGGCAGUGCUUUCAUCGCAUAUGGAAUCCUUCUCACCAUCCUCAUGCUGGUUGGACAAAACUGGGUGAAGAGGACGGGACGGUCGCCAGAAUUCUUCGACUCGACGGUCAUUGCUGCAUGGGGUUGCGUCAACACUUUCACGGAGCAUAGGUGGGGAAGCGAAUGGGCCGGCAACGACAUUCAGCAUACCACUAUGGGUGUUAUCUGGUGGUGUGCCGGUCUCGCCGGGGUUUGGCUCAGCAGGAAGAGAGACGGGUCCCCGAAGAGAAAUUUCAUUCCUGGUUUUGUCAUCUUGCUUACCGGAUGGGCCAUGUCUUCCCACCCGCAGCAUUUGCCCCUCAGCACAAUGAUCCACACGAUCUUUGGGUACAGUCUCAUGGGGGCUGGCCUUGCAAGAAUCAUUGAGGUUGCUUUCGUUGUAAGGGAUGCCAAUACUAUCUCCGAGGAUGGAGAUGCCAAUAGCUUCCAAUACGUUGCCCCUUUUCUGCUUUAUGCAUCUGGACUUCUCUUCUUGGGAGCAACCGAGGAGCAGCUGCAGCUCCUAUCCGACGCUGGAAUCUCUCACGUCUCCUAUGUUCUUGUGCUAUACAGCUUCGCCUUCCUGAUAUUCCUCUUCGCCAACAUGCUCACUGUUUGUUGCACCUUGUCAGAUCCGCGUCCUCCGCGACUCCCAAUUGAUCAAUCAACGUACGAUAGGAUCCGGCGACGUGUAGUGUCCCUCCUCAAUGUUAUCCAUAUGGUGGCCGUGAGCCGCAACCCCUCCAGCGGAGAACAGCAUCAUAGCUGUCGCUGCCAGGGAUGGCGCGACACGGGUCCGGGGAUUAACCAUCAUGUAAGAUCUGGUGGAUGGUAAAGAUCAGGUUAUUUCCAAUGUGGCAAUGGGCCAC